AUGCUGGUUUUCUUUGCAAGAUUUAAGGCCGAAAAAUGUCGCAACAGAUAUUUUAAAAUCGUCAGCAGUGGUGAGUCUUUGUUCUCAGUUAUAACACAUAGUUUAUGUAGCAUGCAGCAUACAAUAUACCAGUUAUAUUGUUCUGAAAAAACUCUCUUUAUAGUCAGACGUAAUUUUCUAGAAUCUCUCAACAUUUUGUUUACUUUAUUUUAAAGGAGGUCCAUCGUUACCUCUUGAAGAGAUCAUGUCAAGCCACAACGUCGAACACCCUGUCCAUGUGAAUUGCAAUUUUCUCUGCGUCAAUGACAAUGUAUCAAAAUGUGUUGGAUUUAACUUCAGAGAGAAAACCAAAGGGAAAGCUAUAAACUGUCAACUGACUAACAACACUAAAAAAAGAAAAUAUAAAGAAGAAGGAGAAUGGACGCUGUAUCGGGAUGUCGAUGCCGUACGUAUAAAAUUGAAAAUGUUUGCAUGCAGGGACUAUAUAAUAAACAGAACACUGCCCACGGUGGCUUGAAGAUAUGACUCUUAUGUAUAUGAUAUGUAAUAUAUAUUAGGGAACUGUCCGUCUUAGAGAUCCGUACUAAAUUGCGUACUUCAGAGGCUACCGAUUGUUCAGCACCAAUCAAAAUGCUCAAUUUUUGCAGACAUAGGCGUACGGCCCGGGGGAAGGGCUGCAGCCCCCGCCCCCCCCCACAAUUCAGGAACCGCAAUUUUUUGGGCGAUCUAUUCCCGUUUUUGGUUUCGGUUCUCCGUUUUGCGGACUUGCAUUAGAAACUAUAUUCUGUCAUCAUUUAAAAUGUAUAACAAGGGCCGGCAAUAAAGGGGGGAGUGGGGGAUAAUUGCAAACCCCUAGCUACUUGCAAAUAACUAAUAAUUGCAAAUCCUAGUGAGAAUUUGUUUUCGUGGUCGGCAAAACAUGAAUUUGAUAGGAAAAAGUUUGGGAAAAGAAAUAUUAAUAAGUGAUUGAAAUUGUUCGCUAUUGGUUCUGGUUCGUAUUAAUUAGUGAUUGAAAUGGUUCGCUAAUAGUUCUGGUUCGUAUUAAUUAGUGAUUGAAAUGGUUCGCUAAUGGUUCUGGUUCGUAUUAAUCAUAGAUAUCUUAUAUACACUAGAUAGUUCAUCUAAUUAUUCUACAAUUCAAAAAUUGAAGCCGUGAUUGCAGACUCAUGAUAUUCCCAUGAAAUGAGAAGACUCGUAUGUUUUCUAUUUCUUAAACAAGGAAUUAAAUAUUAAGGUAAACCAAAUACAUUUCAAAUACAUUUUUAAACUAUUCAAAUGAUGAAAGUUAAUACCAACAUGGUCGCCAUCUAGAUAUAUUCAAAUGGGGGUAACCGCUGGAAUAUUCUUGGCUUCAAUUUUACUAAAACAGAUGCCCCAUCUAGUGUAUAUAAAAUAUCUAUGGUAUUAAUUAGUGAUUGAAAUGGUUUGCUAAUGGUUCUGGUUCGUAUAAAUUAGUAAUGUUCGCCAAUGGUUCUGGUUCGUGUAUAGAAAGCACGUUUUAGUAAAUUAUUGAUUCAUUUUUAAAAUUCGGGUGACGGGUUUCGGGCAACAGACACAAUAAUAAUAAUAAUCAUCCUCCCCCCAAACAAGACAGGUCCCAUACGCCUAUGUUUGCACAUGGACCGCCUUCCAAUAAUAAUAAUAAUAAUAAUAAUAAUAAUAAUAAUAGUUAUUAUUUAUAUGUUUUGGUUAUUUGAAAAUUAAUUUUCUUAUCUUAUAGGCAGAAAAUGAAAAUGAGAAAAAGAAAACGUCCGAAGGUAUUCCUCACGCUUAUACCGCUGACGUGAAGACCUACUAUUAGUGAGCUUAAGCAAGUGACGUUUUUGACAACACAGACGUUGACCGGAAGUAAAGUUGACGUUUUUCACCAAUCACAGCCCUUGACCCAGUCUUCUGACGUUACUCAUGCCGUUCGUGUUGUCAAAAACGUCAUUUGCUUAAGCUCACUACUGAGGGUUCUGGCCAACCUCGUAUCCAGGGCCUCCACGCGGUUCAGAGGCUCUGGUAUAUACCAGAAAUUAAGACAUCCUACAGCUGUGUGAUAUAGGGCCAAAUCCCCAUUUUAUUCAUCGACAGUAGUCAGUGGUGACUCAGAAAUUAAAUUCACCACAUCAGUAUAUGUUCUUCAAUAACAAUAUGAUACGCAGUAUACAGAAACCAUCCAGUUAUCAAGUAUUUGGAAUUUCUGUCCUGAGACUGAGGCCUAGUGUGAUUCAAACAAAUUCUGCGAUUUAUAGUUAAAAUUUUCCUAAAUGUUCAAAUCAGUUCAAAUUGCAGAAUUAAAAUUGAAAUUGCAUGUAAAUAGUCUGUUGCAUGUGGUUGGUUGUUUCCUAAUGCAUGUGCUUCGAGAUUUCAACCGGGCUACUCUGGUUUUCCCACCUCAACAAAACUACUAAUCCUUCCAUGUUAGUUGUACUCCGUGUCGUAUGCAUGCAUGUCUAAGUUUAUCGAGUUUUACUCAUUGGUGAGCGGAUUUCCCAACAAGCUAUUGCAUAAAUGGUAUUGGGAUCCGAAGUACCUACAAUUUAACGUCCUUAUGUCUAACCAUUUACUGAAGUCAAUGUAUAAAGGUAGCACUUUCUCGGCCUCAAUUAUUUUAAGACCUUGAAAUGGAAGUCCGACCAGCGUUUGAAUCCGAGACUCCCAGCUUGAAAGCCAAUUAAGCGUGGUGACCACAACACAAUCAGUGCUGGCAUCAGUGUUGCCGCAGCGAGUGAUGUAAACGUUUUACAGUGAUGGGCCAAAACAAAGGUUAGGGCCAGUGCGGGUCCCUCAGAGUAAGAUUUAGUUUAUCAUGGUAUGGUUAAGGUCCAGUCUGAACAACUAACUAGUAGGCCUCCGAGGCCACCCAGUAUGUUAAAAUAUGCCUUGUAUGGGGUGUGGUCGUCAGAGGUGCCCUAAUAUAAGCCUGCACAUCGCGGCCAUGCAUGUUGUUUUAGUUUCAAGUUUUGCAUGUCGAGAUAAGAUAGUGGCAAAACAAACUGACGGUAUCAAACUGCAUGCGGACAAAUUUCCCAAUCAAACACAGACGCAAUUUACUUCUAUAAUAUAUAUAAUCGUAUUUUCCAGUUUUAUGGGGAAACGUUGAGCAAGUUUAUCACAAAUCUGGUGAAAGAAAAGAUGGUGUAUACACAGAACAGUUUGACAUAAUUUUUACUGUUUAUUCUAUUGCAACAGCGACACCCGUGACAAGUUGUUCAAGUUUGUACAAAUCUGGAGAAAGAAAAGAUGGUGUUUACACUAUCAACCCUGAUGGCCUUGGAUCUUUUCAAGUCAGAUGUGAUAUGCAAACAGAUGGUGGAGGGUGGACAGUGUUCCAAAGAAGACAAGACGCAAGUGUAGAUUUCUAUCGUGGAUGGCAAGAUUACAAAAAUGGUUUUGGUGAUCUUAAUGGUAAUUUUUGGCUCGGAUUGGAUCGAAUACAUCGUUUGACAAAAUCAGGACAAAAUGUUCUAAGAGUGGACUUGAUGGAUUGGACUAACGACAAAGCGUACGCAAAGUAUGGAUCAUUUUCUGUGGCGUCUGAGUCUGACGGUUAUAGACUGGACCUGGGUAGUUUUUCAGGUAAAUAUAACUUGAUAAAUAUAAAUUUUAUAAAAUAGACUAUGUAAGUUGUAAUGAAGCCAUGCAGGGAGGGAGUAGGGUGUGGCUUAUGUGCCUUAAGGUCAUUUACAGGACGUAAUUUUUGCUGACUUUGCAACGCAACUUCGCACACAAAGCCAUCAUCAAUGUUAUCUAAAAACGUAUUCAUAGGACUGAUCAGGGGGGAAGGCGGCAACCCCCCCCCCAGUCGAAAUGAAGUUGGACAAAUUAUAAACGUAAGUUGUGAAAAAAGGUGGGGGGGAAUAAUUUUAAAAAGAAGAAAUAUGCAAUAUAAUGGUCAAAAUAUAUAAAAGUUAUGAGAAAUUAUAACAGAUGGCAAAAACGAUAAGUCGGGCGCAAUGGGAAAAAGUCUGGUAAAUUUCUUUCUGCCCCCUGUCCUGUCCUGUCUCUCCCUGUCGUAUGCCUCUGAACUUACAGUCACGUGAAAAACGUCGGUAUAGGCAAAGUAAAACGUGCGCCAUACUCACAAUUUAUCAGUGACUACGUUUUGUAUUUAAGAUGUGACACUAGUACGCAAGUAUUAAGGUGUUUUACAUAUAUCUAAGGUAAUGCUGGUGAUUCGUUGACAUAUCACAACGGAAUGAAGUUCUCUACCUACAACAGAGAUAAUGAUCAAAGGGCCGGCAGCAACUGUGCUGUGAUCUACCAAGGUGCUUGGUGGUAUAAAACCUGUCACCACUCCAACCUCAAUGGUCUCUACCUCAAGGCAGGGAAGAAAUCUUAUCAAGGAAUAAGAUGGCACCAUUGGAAAAAGGACGACAGAUCUAUGAAGAAAAGUGAGAUGAAAAUACGUCCUACUGGAUUUUAGCAAUCCCAGGAACACGUUUUCUUCUCAAACACACACUGAAAAAUUGUGUAGUUACAUGCAAGAAAAAAAGAAGUUAAUUCAUCAUGUACACUAGAUAACAAGAUUCCUAGACAUGGGCGUCAAUCCUGGGGGGAUGGGGGUGAGACGCGUCCCCCCAGUUUUUGGAGUCGGGAGGGGGACGAAUAUCUAAUUAUCCCGCCCCCCACUUUUUGACAUGUUUAAUUAAUUUUGUUUGCGUGGUUUGGGCAAAACUAGAUAUUCCAAAUAUUUUUCUGUAAGAAAACCCCUAUAUUUUCCAACCGGUUUGACAUGCAUGGUCGUCAGAUGGUCUGGUCUGAGAUUUUACUCAAAGGAUCUUCUUCAAUUACCUCAUAAAGCAACUCAUUAAGAUGAUCAUAGAUUUAUAGGCCUCUAUAAUUAGUCAAUAAUCUUUCCUAUCCCAAACAAAUACGGCCGAUCCCCUUAUCCGCUUCCUUAAUGACAAUAUCCUCGCCAUUUUACCUUUUAGCUGCCUUUAACGCAUUAAUUUCUUCAAAGGGAAAAUUACUAUAACUUUUUCCCUCAUAACUAUAAGACCGCGGAACUUUAUCCUCUAAUUACUUGGAACAAUACAGUUCAAUUGUGGGAUCUAAAUUUUUUGGCACCCACUUAAAUUUUUCCUUAAAUGGAUUGAAAACCUGUCCAUCACCCUCAACGCCUCCCUUUUCAUAAAAAAAACUUUACUCGCAAAAUUAAAUGUAAAGCUUAUAUUUUCACGAUAUGGUAUAAAGAAUGCUCGAUAUCACAUAGAUAGAGUAGAUAUAUAGUUUUUUACCCCCAAAGGUUGCCUGCACAACAACCUGUUUCUUCCAAGAGGAAUAUCAGGUGGCUCCCCAAGCAGGCUGUUGUGGCAACCUUUUGAGGCAAAGUCCUAAACUCGGUAAAUUGCCUUUGCAAUCCUGCUAGGGCAUAUAAUAAACACUUUCGAUGUAGGUUUGGUUCAUGAUCACUAAGCUAAUGUUCGAUCUAAGGCUCGAAAUAAGUAAUACCCAUAUCUUUUGCGCGCAAUAUAAUAUAUAUAUACAGCCAAUUCAAAAUAGUUGUCCUUUGCAAACCUUAAACUGUAAACCUUAAACUCCAAGCGCGCAAAGCUCAAUGGACUUGACAUAUUAGAGGGUCUAGAUGGGGGGAAGGGCGGGUGGGGGGGGGGGGUCUGAAAAUCAUUAAACAGUAAACAUUUUGGUAUUUUAACGGUAAAUCUUUGAAAAAUGUUCUGAAACGAUAAACAGUAUAUUUUUCCUUACGUUUCACGAUAAAUUUUUAGUGCUUUCACGACUGACAGUAACCGAAAUUGGGUAAAUCCCGACUCACGAUAUACCCCCAUCAACGUGAUCCUCAUAUUAUGGUUGACAUGCAUGAUUUGCCAAUAAGCUUAUGAAUUAUUACUGAGUGUUUGAAUUAAAAUAUUUUAAACGGCUAUAACGUUUAAUAGUUUGAAAAUAUGUCGUGUAAAAUUAAUUGCUUAAUUAUACCGUGAUGCUUAACUCAAGUUUUUCCAAUUAAAAAUUUAAGUAUAGAAAUCCAAGAGAUUUCUACUCUGACUAGUAAUCCUUCCUGUAGUCCGGCCGGCGACAAAUAUAUUAAAUUGUGUUAAUAUUGGUGGGAAAAGUUUUUCAUCAUUUGUAAACCCAAGUUCUUAACAACGAACUUGUGACUUGCAUCCAUGCCAACAUGCAAGUAUAAUUAAAUUAGUCAUUUCCCAAAUUGGUCCUGGGACUAGCGCGCGAAUCCCGUGUUGGAGGGACAAGAAAUAUGGCAGCACACAUUUAAAUUAAAUGCUUAAUUAAUGUAAAACGAGAUAUUUCAUUUUGGUUGUUUAAAAAGUUGAUAUUUGAUGCACAUAUUUGCACCUUAUGUCACCAUAUAUUUUGUCCCUCCAAACGAUCCCAGAAUGCACUGUGAUCUCUUUUGGGAAAAGGCUAGUUCACGUGCACACUAAAGAACUCCGUCACAUAUAAAUCUCUUGGAUUUCUAUAAUUAAAUUCAAUUAAUCUUAACGUUGCUUCAGAGAGUUGAGCAGAGCGGUAAUUAAGUUAUUAAUUUUAAUGACAUAAAACAUUUAUAAAUUUUUAAACGUUUUAAUUCUAGAUGUUUUAAUAGAGAUCUUUCUCGUACCUUAAUUUAUUACGCUCUGGCUAUACAGUUUCAUCGAGCACUCUAACAAACGUAGUGCAAAAAAAUUAUAUAUAUUUAAAUACUCAUUAAUAAUUCAUAAACCUUGUGGCAAAUCAUGUCAGCCAUAAUACGUCACGUGGAAUGGCUUUAUAUCUGAUAAAGCAUGUGGCAUUAUAUAAUUGUUCAUCCUAUAAUUAGUAUUCUUAUAUAAACAAUACUAAUGAGACGGCAUCUUUUGUUGUCGACUUGUCGUAUUUUAAGCUAUUCAAAACAUUUGUUGUCGUGUUUUAUCAGAUAUAAAAAAACCCUACUCGUGUUUUAAAUAGUAUACAUAGUUCUUUUUGACAUAUAUACAACAGACAUAUGCAUGGUUAGAAAUAUAACGGACAUAUGCAUGGUUAGAAAUGAUUUAUUUUAAAAACCUAAACGUUUCGCCAUUUAAAUAUUAGUAGCAUUUACACACUUAGUUAUUUUAAUUAGGAAAAUCGUGCACAAAAUAGGGCGUUAUAUUGGUGUCAAGACAUACUACUAUACUGAUGAAGUCCCCUAACGUUUCAUCAUAUAUACACCAGACAUGAUACCUCAAACCCCUUCACAAUAUAUGUAUUUAUUAUAAUAAUGGGAAACUAUACCCGAUAUACUUUAUUAUGGCGCAAAUUUCUGACGCGUCUAUCUAAUUCGGCAGGUUUUAAUUAAUUUUAUUUUAUUUAUUUACCCAGUUAUUGCGUGACUGAAGAGGAAACAUGAUGAAAAAUUUGUGUCUUCGAUUUUUUCUUAAAAUGGUAACUUUAAGCUUUUUCAUGCUGGUUUUCAUUGCAAGAUUUAAGGCAGAACAAUGUCGCAACAGAUAUUAUAAAAUCAUCAUCGGUGGUGAGUCUUUGUUCUCAGCUAUAACACAUAGUUAUGUAUAGCAUGCAGCAUACAAUAUACCAGUUAUAUUGUUCUGAAAAAACUCUCUUUAUAGUCAGACGUAAUUUUCUAGAAUCUCUCAACAUUUUGUUUACUUUAUUUUUAAGAAGGUCCAUCGUUACCUCUUGAAGAGAUCAUAUCAAGCCACAACGUCGAACGCCCUGUCCAUGUGAAUUGCAAUUUUCUCUGCUUCAAUGACAAUGUAUCAAAAUGUGUUGGAUUUAACUUCAGAGAGAAAACCAAAGGGAAAGCUAUAAACUGUCAACUGACUAACACCACUAAAAAAAGGAACCAUACAGAAGAGGGAGAAUGGACGUUGUAUUUGGAUGUCGAUGCCGUACGUAUAAAAUUGAAAAUGUUUAUAUAAUAUAUUAUAUAAAAAAUGACCUAUUGAACUAAUUUGAUACCAUUACGAUGGGCAUUGCCAGUUUAUUUCCUGGGCAAGCUAUAGUGAUGAGUAAACGCAGAGAUAAGCCGCGCCCCUCCCUUUCCGCUAUAGGUGAAAUAUCAAAUUUGGAGUAUGCCACAUCGAUUAGCAACCCAACUAAUUUCAGACAGCUUCGUAAAGCGUUGUUUUAGCAUACCGCAACUUGAAGCAGUAAAUGAUUCAAGAUUCCUUCAAUUCGACUGCAUGAUUUUUGGAGCCAAGACGGCGCAUGCGGCGGACGUGCAUUUCUAAUAAAUAAAGAUUUGUUUUUAAAAAUAAGACGGAUUCUGAACGUUGUUCCCCUAUAUAAAUGCAGUCCAUUGAUGAACGCUGAAUACUCAUAAACCUUUUUAGCUAAUUUUGAAAAUUACACAAAUUUAAACACUGAUAUCUUGGUAAAUAUUUAAUGAAAUCGUGUGCAUAACCUAUCAAAAUUUAAGUUAGCUUUUUAUGAAUAAAGCUACGUUUAUUUGAGCGACGUAUAUAGCUGUUAUAGUUUUUUCAUUACUGCAAAGCAUGCAAACGCUUGAACUUUCUUUUGCGCCACCCAGUAUAUAAUAUAUAUAUAUAUAUAUAUAAUUUCGCUUACCUCAAAAUUCCGCAACAGUCUGUUUCAUCAGUAAAGCUAGAAUCAUCAGGCGGUAUGACAAGUGUCGAACAUAAGACUGCUUAUAUGCGUUAUGGCCGGAAUGUGGGUGUGUGUGGGUGAAACAAAGCAUGCAUUCAUCUAUUGUUUGCGUUGUUUACGCGGAAAUGCCUAAUCGAGUUGUGGGAGUGUAUUGUUUGCGUUGUUUUCGACACUUGUCAUACCGCCUGAUGAUUCUUUACUGAUGAAACAGACUGUUGCGGAAUUUUGAGGUAAGCGAAAUUCUACAUUUGCUCUAUCUUUAUGAUAUUGAGCACUCUUUGCGUUUCGUAUUCAUAAACCUACUCGUAUAUAUAUAUAUAUAUAUAUAUAUAUAUAUAUAUAUAUAUAUAUAUAUAUAUAUAUAUAUAUAUAUAUAUAUAUAUAUAUAUAUAUAUAUAUAUAUAUAUAUAUAUAUAUGUAUUUGGAAUCAUAUGCGAGCUAGUAGAGUGCUCGAUAUACCGAAGUAUAUAUAGAGCUAAUAAAGACAGAAUAAACUAAUUAACUAAUAGUUAUAAUAUUUAUGUGUUUCGGUUAUUUGAAAAUUAGUUUUCUUAUCUUAUAGGCAGAAAAUGAAAAUGAGAAAAAGAAAACGCCUGAAGGUAUUCCUCACUCUUAUACCGUCAGUUAAACGUCAGGACCCGCUACUGAGGUUUCUGGCCAGGGUAUUUAUUCUGAAUUGGGACAUCAGCCUAUUCCGCUGAAAAUGGCUUCUGAAUAGAGUUGUGCUUGAUUGUUUCCUAAUGCAUGUGCUAUUGUGCUUCGAGAUUUCAACCGGGCUACUCUGGUUUUCCUGCCUCAACAAAACCUAAUCCUUCCAUGUUGGUUGUACUCCGUGUUCUAUGCAUGCAUGCAUAAAUGUUUAAGUUAAUUGAGUUUCUAACUUAUUGGUGUGCAUGGAUUUCCCAUGCAACAGGCUAUUGCCUAAUUGGUAGAGGAUCCGCGGUACCUACCAUUUAACGUUCCUAUUCGAGAAGACGCGAAAGUCUGUUGUCUAACCAUUUACUGAUGUCAAUGUAAAGGUAGCACUUUCUCCUCAAUUAUUUUAAGAUCUUGAGUAGAAGUCCGACCAGCGAUUGAGCCCGGGACUCCCAGCUUGGAAGCCAAGCGUGCUGACGACAACACAACCAGUUCUGCCAUUUUAAAUGUUUUACAGAGGGGUGGGGUGGGGGCAAAACAAAGAUUUAUAAGGCCCAGUGCUGGCUCCUCAGAGUAAGAUUUAGGUCAUCAUGGUAUGUUUAUGGCCCAGUCUAAACCACUAACUAGUGGGACCUCCGAGGCCAAAUGGCCACCUAACAUAUGUUAAAAGAUGUCUUGUGUCGAGUGUGGUCGUCAAAGGCGCCCUAAUAUAAGCCUGUACAUCGCGGCCAUGCAUGUUUUUUUAGAUAAGAUAAGAUAGUGGUAAAAGAAACUGACGGUAUCAAAUUGCGGACAAGUUUCACAAUCAAACACAGAUGUAAUUUACUCCAAUAAUAUAUAUCGUAUUUUUCAGUUUUAUGGGGAAACGUUGAGCAAGUUUAUCACAAAUCUGGUAAAAGAAAAGAUGGUGUAUAUACACAAAAUAGGUUGCAUGACAUAAAUUUUUACUGUUUAUGUUCUAUUAGUUCAACCCACCACAAGCAAACCUAUCUCGACAACAGCGACACCCGUGACAAGUUGUUCAAGUUUAUACAAAUCUGGUGAAAGAAAAGAUGGUGUUUACACUAUCAACCCUGAUGGGCUUGGAUCUUUCCAAGUCAGAUGUGAUAUGCAAACAGAUGGUGGAGGGUGGACAGUGUUCCAAAGAAGACAAAACGUAAGUGUUGAUUUCUAUCGUGGAUGGCAAGAUUACAAAAAUGGUUUUGGUGAUCCUAACGGUAAUUUUUGGCUUGGAUUGGAUCGAAUACAUCGCUUGACAAAUUCAGGACAAAAUGUUCUAAGAGUGGACUUGAUGGAUUGGACUAACGACACAGCGUACGCAAAGUAUGGAUCAUUUUCUGUGGCGUCUGAGUCUGACGGUUAUAGACUGGACCUGGGUAGUUUUUUAGGUAAAUAUAUGAUUUGAUAUAAAUUUCAUAAAAUAGACAAUGUAAGCGGUGACGAGGCCAUGCAAGGACGGGCUAGAUUACGGUUUAUAUGCUUUAAGGUCAAUUCUCAGUACGUGACGUUUUGUAUUUAAGAUGUGAUCAUACAUACUAGUACGCUAGUAUUACGGUGUUUUGAUAAUCUAUGAUAUUGUAAAAGCCGUAAAUCCAAAUCACAGACAAUUUAAAACAUUAAAAUAUGUUCAGAAAGGUUAAUUAGUCGUUGAAGAAUUGGACAACACAGAAAAAAAUGGCAAACGUAUAAAUUUGUGGACAUGAUAAUAUAAACUUUUUAAACUGUUAACUCUUAGACUAUGAGUAUCACAUAUAGUCUAAAAUCCCAAAACGUUCAAAUAUUUGAAGGAAAUUUUAUAUCUAAGGUAAUGCUGGUGAUUCGUUGGCAUACCAUAACGGAAUGAAGUUCUCUACCUACGACAGAGAUAAUGACGGAGGCAAUUGCGCUGUGCACUUUCACGGUGCUUGGUGGUAUAAGGGCUGUCACCACUCCAACCUCAAUGGUCGCUACCUCAAGGCAGGAGUGAUAUCUCCGGCAGGUGUGGAUUGGAUGCAUUGGAAGAACGACAGAAAAUCUAUGAAGAAAAGUGAGAUGAAAAUACGUUCUGAUGGAUUUUAGAAAUCCCAGGAACACGUUUUCUUCUCAAACACACACUGAACAAUUGUGUAGGCACAAGAGAAAAAGAAGUUAAUUCAUCAUGUACACUAGAUAACGAGAUUCCUAGAUAACGAGCUGUCUUUGUGUUUCGUAAGUCUCAUCUUUUAGGUGUCAUUUUUUCUUAAUAACAUUUCUUAACAUUUUUAACGUUGCAGUCAAGAUCGCUACGGUGAAAAGUAUGUAAAUUUUGUUUGUCUCAUUCCAAGUAGAACGAAAACAAGCUUUCAACAAUAUUGUCUGUACCCGUUUUUCCUUGUCAGGAUCUUAAACUCCCUAUUGAGUAUUGCGCGACUGCAGAGGAAAAAUGAUGAAAAAUUUGUGCCUUCGAUUUCUUUUAAAAAUGAUAUCUUUAAGCUUAUUUAUGCUAUUCAAAUAGAUUUUGUUAUAUGUGUACAUGGGCUUACGACGCGGGGGAAGGGGCUGCCUCUCCUCCGUGAAAAUGAAGUCGGGCAAAUUAUAAAUUGGUAGUUUCAACUAAAUAGUCGGUUUUUUCCGUCAGAAUCUUAAACUCUCCAUUGAGUAUUGAGUGGCCGCAUGCAGAGGAUACAUGGUGAAAAAUUUAUGUCUUCGAUUUUUUCUUAAAAUGUUAACUUUAAGCUUUUUCAUGCUGGUUUUCAUUGGAAGAAUUACGGCAGAAGAAUGUCGCAACAAACAUUUUCAAAUCGUCAGCCAUGGUGAGUCCUUGUUCUCAGUUAUGAAACACAGUUUAUGUAACAUGCAGUAAAAUAAUAUGCUUACAGUCCUUUAUACAUGUGUAGUUGUUAUAAUGUUCUGAAUGAUACCCUCCAUAUUGUGAUACGCAGUUAUCUAUAUAAUCUCUCGACAUUUUUUAACUUUAUUUCAAAGAAUGUCCAUCGUUACCUCCCGAAUUCGAGAGAUCAUAUCAAGCCAAAAUGUCGGACACCCUGUCGAUGUGAAUUGCAAGCAGAGCGGAAACCAAGCUAUAAACUGUCAACCGACUAACACUACUAAGAAAAGGAAUUGUAAACAUGAGGGAAAAUGGACGUCAUGUAUCUGGAUGUCGAUGCCGUAGGCGUACGUAUAAAAUUGAAAAUGUAAAUUUUGCAAAUAUUUGAACAGACUGCCGAAACAGUAAAUGUUUUAGAAAACAAUCAAAUUUGAUACUUGUCGACCCUUGAGCUAGGCUCAGAAUCCAGCCGUUGUGUUCGCGAGUGCCGAGAGCACAACGGCUGGAUUCUGAGCCUACCCUUGAGCUAGCUUCACGGGCCGCAUGUAUAUAUACUUUUCCUAGUGAAAUAGCUGCCUUCAAUUUACUGCAGAUCAAUUUUAGUAGCCCAUAUGAUUGUAUAUUUUAUACAGGCAUAGUUUGUUUCGCAAGCUGUGCAUGGUAGCGAUCCGUCAUGCUGCAGGUUACCGAUUGCUCAGGAACCAAUCAAAAUGCUGCAUUGUGCAGAUGGACCGCUUUGGCGUAAUAAUAAUCAGAAUUAUUUAUGUUUCGGUAGUUUGAAUUUGUUUUCCCUUUAUAGGCAGAAAAUGAGCAAAGGAAAACACCAGCAGGUAUUGCAAGAUCACGCGCUUAUAGCGCUGAGUUUUAGACCCCCUACUACUGAAGGUUGUUGCCAUACAGGGUAUUUAUCUUGAAUUGGGAGACCAUGUAAAUAGAGUGAUCACGACGGCCCGUUGUUUCUGAUAUGUGUUUCGAAAUAUCCGGGUAAUCCUCCCAUCUUAAAACUAAUCCUGCCAUCUUAAAGAGGCUCCUUACAGUUUCUAUUAUAUGUCAGUGUUUUAAACUAAAAGCUAUUUGAAUCUAAAAGAACUAAUUUUUUGCACAAAGCAAGCUAUUGUUUCCUCUUAUAUAAAAAAAGAAAUUUUAACCCACAAUCGCUACUCUUUAUGUUACCAUGACAACAUGACGUCACCAUCUAUAUGAUCUAUAUCAACCAAAAAAGCCGUCUUAGCGGACAAAUAACCACGGCGACCUACCUUUUUUAUUGCAGAAAAUACAUUGUUAUGAAGUUCUGAAUCUUUUCCGGAAGUUAUUUGAAAAUCGCCAGUGUAGUUUUCGAGAAACUGAAUUUAAGAUUGCAUUUUAGCCUUUGGAAAGGCUGAAAUUCAGUUUCUCGAAAACUACACUGGCGAUUUUCAGAUAACUUUCAAAAAAAUUCAAAGCUUCAUAACAAUGCAUUUUCUGCAAUAAAAAAGAUAAGUCACCGUGGUUAUUUGUCCGCCAAGAUGCCUUUAUUGGUUGAUAUAGGCCAUAUAGAUGGUGACGUCAUGGCGUAAAGUUAUAUCAGGGGGACCCCGGUUCAAAAUUUUCGAAGGCCUCCCUAGUGAAGCCCCAAAGGCACGAGUUGACCACCGUAUAUGCACGAGCUUUCUAGAGGGUCCAGGGCAUGCCCACCCGGAAAAUGUUUAAAUCUAGAGUCUCUGAAAUGCCAUUUGCUGGACUUUAGGGAGAGACUUUACAGAAUUCUGAUGGUCAGAAAACGACAUUGAAUAAUAAUAAUAAUGAUUUAAUAUGGCAUAUCUAUUUACAUGGCUCUUCCCUAACCCUUACCCCUAACCCUAACCCUAACUUGUAAUAUAUCAGAGGCCUAUAGGGAUUUCUAAAAUCCAGCUGGACGUAGUUUCAUCUCAGUUUUCUUCAUGGAUCUUCUGUCCUUUUUCAACUGCCACCAAUUCAUUCCUUUAUCAGAUGUCUUCCCUGCGAGGAAGAGACCAUUGAGGUUGGAUUCGUGACAUCGGUUAUACCACCAAGCACCUUUGUAUUCCACAGCACAGUUGCUGCUCUUUCGAUCAUUAUCUCUGUCGUAGGUAGUGAAGUUCAUUCCGUUGUGAUAUGUCAACGAAUCACCAGCAUUACCUUAGAUAUAAAAUUAGUCCUUAAAAUAUUUGAAAGUUUGGGAUUUUAGAGUAUGUGAUAUUAUAGUACGCAAGUAUUACGGUGUUUAAAAAAAUCUAUGAAAAUAUAAAGGCCGUAAACCCAAAUCACAGACUAUUUAAAACAUUAAAAUAUAUUCAGAAAGGUUAAUUAGUACGUUGAAGAAUUGGACAACACAGAAAACUGAUAGUAAACGUAUAAAUUUGUGGAUAUGAUAAUAUAGACUUAACUUAGACUAUAACAAAAGCCGAGAGUAUCACACAGUCUAAAAUCCGAAAACUUUCAAAUAUUUCAAGGAAAUUUUAUAUCUAAAGUAACGUUGGUGAUUAGUUGGCAUACCACAACGGAAUGAAGUUCUCUACACACGACAGAGAUAAUGACGGCGGCAAAUGCGCUGUGCACUUUCACGGUGCUUGGUGGUAUAACGGCUGUCACCACUCCAACCUCAAUGGUCGCUACCUGAAGGCAGGAGAGAAAUCUCCGAAAGGAGUGGAUUGGAUGCAUUGGAAGAACGACAGAAGAUCUAUGAAGAAUACUGAGAUCCGAAAAUACGUCCUGCUGGAUUUUAGAAAUCCCAGGAACACGUUUUGUUCUCAAACACACACUGAACAAUUGUGUAGUUACAAGAGAAAAAGAAGUUAGUUCAUCAUGUACACUAGAUAACGAGAUUCCUAGAUAACGAGCUGUCUUUGUCUUUCGUAAGUCUCAUCUUUUAGGUUUCGUAAUUUCUUAAUGUUUCUUAACAUUUUUAAGGUUAUACCGGACACCUUUUUGGCGUUUUGCGGAAAAUCGCUACUGCGCGCUCAAUAUCAGUCCGAUUUUCAUCAAAUUUUCACCAAAUGUUCUCCAGUGCAUGCUAAAUAUGAUAAAGUUAUAAAAUUAACAAACAAUAAAAAAUUGUAAGAAUUAUUUAGGAAAAUCUUAAAUCGCGGUACCGUUACGCUUUUGAGUUGUGCUCCUGCUGGUUUUAAGUUAUAUUUAUGAAAAUAUCAUUUUUAUACAGUAAAAUAGUUGUUCUAAAAUAUUGUGUUCGGAAAUUUUUGUUUAUUUCGUCUUUCUGCUGAUAUGGCGAUUUCUUUGACGACUACAAUAUAUUUCUGAAUUGUUUGAGUGAAUUGCUCUUUAUUUUUAAAAUAUCAGUCCAAAAUUUAAAAAAAGCCGAAACUGACGUCUUUAGCUAUGUCCUGUGAAAAUUUGAGAAAAAUUGGUUACAACCCGCAGGAGCACAACUCGUUUGAAAAUCAGUCAUUACCGUAAAAUUUUUCGGGAGAAAAUUGAAUUUGAAUAUUACAUUUUCAAUGUUUUUCUUAUUGCAGCGAAAUGUAUUUUAUUAAAUAACUCUGCGAGUUUUCAACAUUUUUCGUUCAAACUUGGUCAGAUAGUAGAACUAGUCUAAUGCUUUCAUGGAAACCAAUAAAAACAUUUUAAGCAAAAUUAACAUUCAAAGGUGUUCUGUAACCUUAAAGUUGCAGUCAAGAUCGCUACUUUUUGUUGUCAGGAUCUUAAACUCCCUAUUGAGUAUUACGUGACUGCAGAGGAAACAUAAUAAAAAAGUUGUGUCUUCGAUUUCUUUUAAAAAUAAUCUCUUUAGGCUUAUUUAUGCUAUUCAAAUAGAUUUUGUUAUACUGUAUGUGUGCAUAGGCUUACGACAAAUAUGAAGUCGGGCAAAUUAUAAAUUGGUAGUUUCAACUAAGUAGUUGGUACUGGGUUUUUAGUUACGCCACUGUAUAAUAACAGAUUAUAAUAAUCAUGACGAGGCAAUAUCAGUUCAGAAGGAACGUUAUACCUAAUGCUCAGACAUUCCUACUAGCUGAAGAAGCCGUCAUGGCGAAUCGUCUGGGAGUUCUGGGACAAAAAUAUUAUGUAUAAUGUUGUGUAUGUCCUGCAUAGACGUUUUAAACAGACAAAUCCAUAUAAAAUUCAGACAUGAUAUCCCACAAAUUUAAUACUCUUAAAACUUGAAUUUAGUGUUAUUUUUAUCUUUGAACUAUAGUUUUGGCCGUUGCAACUAUAAAAGGCAAUAUAUACAGUGAUUAUAUAGCAUCUAUCUAAUGCAACAGCUCGUUAUCUAGGAAUCUCGUUAUCUAGUGUGCAUGAUGAAUUAACUUCUUUUUCUCUUGUCAAUAUAGGGAUUUCUAAAAUCCAGCUGGACGUAGUUUCAUCUCAGUUUUCUUCAUGGAUCUUCUGUUAUUUUUCCAAUGCAACCAAUUCAUUCCUUUAUCAGAUAUCUUCCCUGCCUGGAGGUAGAGACCAUUGAGGUUGGAGCGGUGACAGUAGUUAUACCAUCAACCACCUUGGUAUUCCACAGCACAGUUGCUGCCCUUUCGAUCAUUAUCUCUGUCGUAGGCAGUGAAGUUCAUUCCGUUGUGAUAUGUCAACGAAUCACCAGCAUUACCUUAGAUAUAUAAAAUUUCCUUAACAUGUUUGAAAGUUUGGGAUUUUAGAGUAUGUGAUACUUUCGGCCUCUGAGUUAAGAGUUUAAACAGACUAUAUUAUCAUGUCAACAAUGUAAAUGUUUGCUAUUUUUUGUAUUGUCCAACACCCAGAUAUUAUUAUAACCCCCCCCCCCCUCUUGAGUGGCAAAGCCACCCCUCCCCCCUAAAUGCUAAGAAUUAAUAUUAAUUAAUUAAUUAUUAAAAUAUUAACCUUAUACUUUUAGAAUUGAAAAGCAAAUCUAAACUUUUUUCUCUAAAGUCCAAGCUUAUAUUUCCUAGGAAUUAAUAUAAAAGUCCGAUUUAUUAACCUUGUAUAAAUUAUAUGACCAGCAACUUUUGACUUUUUUGAAACCUCCCUGUCCUCCCUGCAUGUGUUAGAAAAUCUUAUAGCCCCCUCCCCCUUGUGUUUCACUAGGCGCCUCGGACAUUUACAACUUUUAUAAUUUAAUAGAUAAUUAAAACACCGCAAUACUUGCUUAUAUACUACGUCCAGUAUCACAUCUUAAAUACAAAACAUAUAGUCACCGAGACGAAAUUGUGAGUAUGGCGCACGUUUUAAUCUACCGACAAUUUUUUCACGUGACCACAGUACGGUUUAGAUAACAUGAUUUUGUGUCCAAAAUUGCGUUGCUAGGUGGAGCAAAAGCUUCCUAUUGUAACUUGACCUUAAGGCAUAUAAGCCAUAUCCCAUCCCUAGUUUUGUCGCUAUUUACACUGUAUUUUAUAAAAUUUAUAUUUAUCAAAUCAUAUAUUUACCUGAAAAACUACUCAGGUUCAGUUUGUAAUUAUCAGACUCAGGCGCCACAGAAAAUGAUCCAUACUUUGCGUACGCUGUUUCGUUAGUCCAAUCCAUCAAGUCCACUCUUAGAACAUUUUGUCCUGAUUUUGUCAAACGAUGUAUUUGAUCUAAUCCAAGCCAAAAAUUACUGUUAAGAUCACCAAAACCAUUUUUGUAAUCUUGCCAUCCACGAUAGAAAUUCACACUUCCGUUUUGUCUUCUUUGGAACACUGUCCACCCUCCACCAUCUGUUUGCAUAUCACAUCUGACCUGGAAAGAUCCAAGGUCAUCAGGGUUGAUAGUGUACACACCAUCCUUUCUUUCACCAGAUUUGUAUAAACUUGAACAACUUGUCGCGGGUGUCGCUGUUGUCAAGAUAGGUUUGCUGGAGGUGGGUUGAACUAAUAGAAUAAACAGUAAAAGUAAAAUUUAUGGCAACCUAUACCGCGUAUACACCAUCUUUUCUUUUACCAGAUUUGUGAUAAGCUUGCCCAACGUUUUCCCAUAAAACUGGAAAAUACGAUAUAUAUUAUUGGAGUAGAUUACAUCUGUGUUUGAUCGUGAAAAUUGGCCGCGAUGAGCAGGCUUAUACUAGGACGCCUCUGAAUGCCACACCUCACACAAGGCAUAUUUUAACAUACUAGCCUCGGAAACCCCACUAAUUAGUCGGGUUCAAACUGGGCCAAAACCAUAUACCCAUUCUCGUCCCCAGGGACAUUUUCACUCGGUCACUCGUUGAAAAUUAGGCUCUGGGUUAGACGACUAAAGGGAGAGAUCUGAUCGGCUUCGCAGAGAACUCCUAUUUCGCAGAAAUUGAACAGUUUUCGCUAGGUAAAAUUAUUCUAUCAACAUAAGUGAACGCAAAUUCUUCAUGAUACUACACUGUGCAAAUUUUUACGGGUGCUAAAGCGUCCCAAUUUAACAACAUGCGCUUUAGAAACUACCGCAAGUUUUCUUCUACUUCCGGUUCCGUGUGUCCCAGGCCCUAGGAAGGACGCGCGCUACCCAGAGGCCCUGGGAACAAGGAUUAACCCAUUGGAUUAACCAUACUAUGCAAUCUCGUUCCCCGAGCCUGUGAUCCUCGGGAAGGAACGUGAGGCUCUGGGAUAAUCCGUUGCGGGAAGCCAGGAAUCCUGGCUAAGAUUGAACUGCGCAUUCCAUUUCAACGGCCAAUCAGAUUCCUCCCUGUAACGGAUUAUCCCAGAGCCUCACGUUCCUUCCCGAAGAUCGCAGGCUUGGGGAACGAGAUUGCAUACUAUGAUGACCUAAAUCUUACUCUGAGGAGCCCGCACUGGGCCCUAAUCUCCCAACCCCAUUGUAAAACUUUUAAAACAUUCGCUGCGGCAACACUGAUGCCAGCACUGGUUGUGUUGUGGACACCACGCCUGGUUUCAAGCUGGGAAACAACCAACCACAACUCUAUUUACACGCCCAAUUCAGGAUAAAUCUCUUGGCCAGAACUUUCAAUAGCGGGCCUUGAAGCCAGCGUUAUAUAAGCGUGAGGAAUACCUUCAGACAUUUUCCUUCUCUCAUUUUCAUUUUCUGCCUGCAAGAUACAAUUAAUUUUCGAAUUACCACAACAAAUAAAUAAUAAUUAUUAGUAUUAUUAUUGGAAGGCGGUCCAUCUGCGAACAUAUAGACGUACUGGUCCUAUCUCAAUUUGAGGGCUGAGGUCAUAUACACAUAUUUUAAACGAUAUAUUUGUAACUAUGGAUGAGCUUGCUCAAAUGUGAAAUUCGAUCGUUUUCUAAACUUUUGUCUGCUCUGUCCGAGGCUCUCACUCUCGUAACAGAAAGCAAACUGAAAGCAAGAUUGUUUUCUUGUUUUUAUUCUAAUGUUUGCAAACUUUACAUUUUCAAUUGUAUACGUACGGCAUCGACAUCCCAAUACAACGUCCAUUCUCCCUCUUCUGUAUGGUUCCUUUUUUUAGUGGUGUUGGUCAGUUGACAGUUUAUAGCUUUGGUUUUCGCUCUGAAGUUAAACCCAACGCAUUUUGGUACAUUGAAGCAGAGAAAGUUGCAAUUCACUUGGACAGGGUGUCCGACAUUUUGGCUUGAUAUGAUCUCUUCAAGAGGUAACGAUGGACCUUGUUUAAAGUAAAGUAAACAAAAUGUUGAGAGAUUCUAGAUAAUUACGUAUGACUAUUUUUGACAAUUACUUGAUAAAUUAUAUUACGUAUGACUACGAGUUCUUUUCAGAACAAUAUAACUGGUAUAUUGCAUGUAUACUGCGUCUGCAUAGGGCGCUUUCCAUUUAAGGGACCGGUCAUAAAGUAAUUACUAGAGGUGGAGGAUAAAUGAAAACUCAAGUACAUAUUUCCAUACCCUCCCAAAAACCUAUGGAAAAAUUUUCGUAACCCCCUUCAAUGUAAGUGAAAAUUUUUAUACCUCCACCCCCUUCAAUCAUUAACAGGUUCUAUAAUGGUGUUAGCUUGCUAGCAUUGUCAUUGACAAUUCAGAUGUAUCAGAUUUGUACUCCAAAAGUUCCAUGGAUACUGAAUCCUACUUAUCAUCUGACAUUGAGUGAGACUGAAACAUAUAUCCUUUGUGUUGAUUUAAUAAUAAUUAUAGUAAAACAAUCUUUCCAAACUUAAAUCUGGGCACAAAUACAUUCAAUAUUCAACAAUAAUUAUAAAAUGUAUUUUUUUUCCGUACCUAUAGUAUUAAGAUUUUGGUACUCCCCUAGAGGUCCUGUUGUUUUUUUACGAGUUUUUUUCAGAACAAUAUAACUGGUAUAUUGCAUGUAUACUGCGUCUGCAUAGGGCACUUUCCAUUUAAGGGACCGGUCAUAAAGUAAUUACUAGGGGGGGUGGAGGAUAAAUGAAAACUUAAGUACAUAUUUCCAUACCCUCCCAAAAACCUAUGGAAAAAUUUUCGUAACCCCCCUUCGUAACCCCCCUGAAUCCUACUUAUCAUCUGACAUUGAGUGAGACUGAAACAUAUAUCCUUUGUGUUGAUUUAAUAAUAAUUAUAGUAAAACAAUCUUUCCAGACUUAAAUCUGCUCACAAAUACAUUCAAUAUUCAACAAUAAUUAUAAAAUGUAAUUUUUUUCCGUGCCUAUAGUAUUAAGAUUUUGGUACUCCCCUAGAGGUCCUGUUUUUUUUUUCGUACCCCCCUCAGAGGUUCUAGGGUUUUUCGUACCCCCCAAAAAAAUCCUCCACACCCCCUAGCAAAUACUUUAUGACCGGUCCCUAAUGGUCUGACCGGUCAGACCCGAAUUCUUUUCUCUGUAUCAAUGGAAAGAUCUGGUCUAUGUUUCUCAAAUAUCUAGCGAAAAUGGACCUCAUUCUAAUGUUAUGUAAAUUUUCCGGUCAGAUAGGUCCGAAGCCCAAAUGUUUUGUGUUCCAUUCAACAAUUAGAUCGGUCUGGCCGUGUUAAUGGAAAGCGCCCAUAAAAUGUGUUUCAUAACUGAGAACAACGACUCACCACUGCUGACGAUUUUAAAAUAUCUGUUGCGACAUUGUUCUGCCUUAAAUCUUGCAAUGAUAACCAGCAUGAAAAAGUUUAAAGUUAACAUUUUAAGAAAAAAUCGAAGACACAAAUUUUUCAUCAUGUUUUCUCUGCAGUCACGCAAUAACUGGGUAAAUAAAUAGAAUAAUAUUAAUUUAAAUAUGCCAAACUAGCUAUAUAAGAGGAAUCACCAGGUGGCUAACAGCCACCUGAUGAUUCCUCGUGGAUGAAACAGGCUGUUGUGGCAAUCUUUUGGGGGUAUAAAACGACUAUUUCAGCUCUAUAUCUAUAUGAUAUCGAGGCGAAUAUCAAUAUAGGUAUAUUGGGUGUCGAAUCAUACGAAUAGAGUGUUCGACACGAAAGUAUAGAGCAAAUAAAGGACAAACUUGAGUUACUUCGUUUAAAACAUUUAUUCACGACAAAUUUGUUUCGUAUGGCAAACCGAUAUAUAGGCUUGCCACACUCUACAUGAUGUUAUAACCUAUGUAUAUGUAACUUGAGCUAUUAAUGUACAAAUGUUUGGCGUCGUUAUAUAUAUAUAUAUAUAUAUAUAUAUAUAUAUAUAUAUAUAUAUAUAUAUAUAUAUAUAUAUAUAUAUAUAUAUAUAUAUAUAUAUAUAUAUAUAUAUAUAAUAUAUAUAUAUAUAUAUAUAUAUAUAUAACGACGCCAAACAUUUGUACAUUAAUAGCUCAAGUUACAUAUCUAUAUAUAUAUAGUACAAUCUGCAUAUAUAUAUAUAUAUAUAUGAUGAUUUCGAUAUUUUUUGUUGAGUUUUUUUCUCAAGGUCUUGCUUACUUUAUUUCCUAAAGUAAGCAAGACCUUGAGAAAAAAACUCAACAAAAAAUAUCGAAAUCAUAUAUUAUGCUCGUUCGGGGUACCACGUUCUUGAGCACUCUAUAGUUCAUUGUAUAGACUUAUGCGCGCCUCGUGCUUAGCGAGUGUUGCUGCUUUGUCGAAUGUCAAACAAAGACAUAAAAAUAUGAAAUAUAUAUAUAUAUAUAUAUAUAUAUAUAUAUAUAUAUAUAUAUAUAUAUAUAUAUAUAUAUAUAUAUAUAUAUAUAUAUAUAUAUAUAUAUAUAUAUAUAUAUAUAUAUAUAUAUAUAUAUAUAUAGGAACGCGUAAAUAUAUUGUGACCUGAGUACUCUACAGAGCAAGAAUUUUUUCCUGUGCACCUACAUGCGAAAAAUAGAAAUAGAAUUAAAAUGUAUAUGAAAGAAGUUCUCAUACAACAUUAGGGGCUGAUCAUUUAACUUUUGAGGGGGGGUGAUUUUGAAAAAAAAUUUCCUGCAAGGCUAUUCUGAACAACAAAAAAAUACCUGCACUAACAAACUGGGGAAAUAAAUAUCCUGCCCCAGUAUUUGGUUGGAAAAAUAUGUUGCAAAACAGCAUGGUUGCAGGGAUCGAUUUGACCAGUCCGAAAAGACUGAGCUGGUUUGAUUUUCAGGGACUAGUGUAAGGUUAAUUUCUUGUUGGAAAACUCCUCAAAAUGCUGGAAAUAGCUUAUCUGAGCUUCAAAAAAUCAAAAAUUUUCUGGGGGGCAUGCCCCCAGACCCCUCUAGAGACGCGCACCUUCGGUGGUUGACUCAGUUGUCUCAGAGUCCUAGUUAUAAAGCAUGGCCUGAGCUGCUGCCCUAUGACAUAUACUUAUUAGUUAAACCAUGCAUAUAAGUAUGCUGUAGGUAGCUGCAGUGAUACAGACAGGGCUGUAGCGAGGGGGGUAUUGGAGGGCGGGUAACCCCCCAACUUUUUUAGAAUCAACAUACUCAGAAAAUCGGGUUGGCCAUUCGGAAAAUUAUAGCCAUAAUUGUCGUGUAUUUAGAUUAUACUUUUAACAAAAUAUGAAUAAUACAUAAGCAUGGCCGAUCUACAUAUCUAAUGCGCAUGUCCGUGCGUAUGACCGCUGUCCGUCUAUAUCUAUAUAUCUAACACCAUCUCUCCUCUUGAGGAAUGUAUCAUAAAAUAUUGUUCAUGAGUUCACUAUCGUGUUCGAACAAUUAUGCUAACCAUAACA